GUGUCCCCCUCCGUCUCCGCACUGAUGGCGGGCCCCAGUUUGCCAGUGCAGACUUCCAGAACUUCAUGGAGCGCUGGGGUGUUCACCACAUAGUGACUUCGCCGCACUAUCCCCAGUCUAAUGGCCAUGCUGAGGCGGCUGUCAAGUCGGUGAAGCAUCUCAUCUUGAAGACAGCCCCCUCCGGCAACAUUGAUACGGAGGAGUUUGCCAGAGGUCUCCUGGAGCUGCGUAACUCUCCCAACUAUACAGGACGGUCCCCUUCGCAACACCUCUAUGGCCACCCUCUUCGGUCCUGCGUCCCUGCCCACCCAGAGUCCUUCUCCGCGGACUGGCAGACCAAGACGGAGGAAUGCGACCGCCGCGCUGCCGCCCGAGCUGAACAGGUGCAGGCUCACUAUGACCAGCACGCCAGGCCCCUCCCCAAGCUGUGCAUUGGAGCCACAGUCCGCAUCCAGGACCCUGUGUCUCUCCGCUGGGAUAAGGUCGGUGUGGUCAUGGGCUGCAGCAGGAACAGGGAAUAUGAUGUUCGUCUCCCCAGCGGACGUGUCUGGCGACGCAACCGCCGUCUCCUACGCCCAGUGCCGCCCCAUGGUGAUGAUCCUCCCCACCAUAUCCCUGUGGUCCCUUGGUCAGACGAGAAAAGUCCGUCUGCUUUACUUGCUCCCCCAGUUGCCCACGUCGUUCCCAGCGGCUUAUGGAAAAGAGUUCCGCUCGAGACAGUGCUACGAGCGUGAGGGGGGAGGGAGGUGUGGGUAUGUAAUGUAAUGUAGCAUAUGUAUUCCCUAUACCUCUGAUUAUCGUACGCCUGGCAACCCUACGUAAGCCUCAGUCUUGCUGGCGUCUCUAAGGCAGGCACGCGUACGGGGGUCCUUCCAAGGC